AUGGGUGGAGGAGACUUGAACAUGAAAAAAUCCUGGCAUCCGCUCUUGAUUAAAAAUCAAGAACGGGUGUGGAAGGAAGAGCAGAAGGCCUUGGAAGAACAAAAAAAAUUAACUCAAUUAAUGAAAGAAAAAGAAGAAGAAAGACAGUUACAGGAAUUGAGAAAAUUGCAAGAGAGUGCUGGCGGAAAAAAAGGACCAGAAAGAUUAGAUUGGAUGUACGCAGCAGGUCCUAAUCAAUCUAGUUCAGCAAAAGCUCAAGAACUGGAAGAUUUCUUAUUGGGAAAGAAGGCUGUGAAUAAACUUAUUGAUAAUAGCUCAGCUUUGAGCAAGCUCUCUGAGUCAAAUGAUGUUUUUACAAGUACAAUGAAUCCAAAUGCUAAUUCAUAUAGGGAUAUCCAGUCUAAAAUUCGGGAGGAUCCCUUAUUACUUAUAAAGAAAACUGAACAGGCUAAUAUUAAAGCUAUUGUCACCAAUCCUAUUAAAUUGAAAGAACUCAAAGAGGUAUACAUUGGAUUUAUCACUGUAUACAAAAAACGUCAUAAAAAAUCAUCCGAUGAUAAUAGAGUUGAUGAUUUUGAUUCAAAAGGCUCCAGCAAAAAACGCCAUAAAAAAUCAUUCGAUGAUAAUAGAGUUUAUAAUAAUAGGGUUGAUAAUAAUAGAGUUGAUGAUGAUAAUAUAAGAAAGCAAAAACUACAACAAAUGUUGAAUGAUGCCAAAAAACUUAAAGAUGAACGUAAGAAACGUGUAGAUGACAUCAAUAGGGAAGAAAGGGAGGAAGAAAUUAAAACUGCUGAGCAUAAAAAGCGAACAUAUGAAAGCGGUGUGUAUUCAGAAUACCUAAAGCUAAUUAACCACAUUGUCGUUUUUAAAAAUAGAAAUGCUUACAAAGAUGCAUAUUCAUCUAAUUCAUCAUUUGACUUGGGCGAACGAGUACGAAGACAUCGUGGUACAUUACAGAAAGCCGUUGAGUGA